GUAGUCGGCGCACGUCACUUUCAUUCAAGCAGCGUUUUGAAUAAGCAAGAUGGCGGCCGCAGCAGUGGUUGAGUUCCAGAGAGCCCAGUCUCUCGUUAGCACGGACCGCAACGCGUCCAUCGACAUUCUCCAUUCAAUAGUGAGGAGAGAUGUCGGAGAGAACGAUGAGGAAGCUGUCAGGGUUAAAGAACAGAGUAUCCUGGAGCUGGGGUCACUCCUGGCCAAGACCGGACAGGCUGCAGAACUCGGGGGUCUGCUGAAAUUUGUGAGGCCUUUUCUGAUUUCCAUCAGCAAGGCCAAGGCGGCCCGGCUGGUCCGCUCCCUGCUGGACCUGUUUCUUGACAUGGAGGCAGCAACAGGGCAGGAGGUUGAGCUGUGUCUUGAAUGCAUUGAGUGGGCCAAGACCGAGAAGAGAACCUUCCUACGACAGGCUCUGGAGGCACGACUGAUCUCGCUCUAUUUUGACACCAAAAGAUACCAGGAGGCCUUGGCACUUGGCACCCAGUUGCUCAUGGAGCUGAAAAAGAUGGAUGACAAAGCUCUUCUGGUCGAGGUUCAGCUGCUUGAAAGUAAGACGUACCACGCUCUCAGUAACCUGCCCAAGGCCCGCGCAGCCCUCACCUCAGCCAGGACCACCGCCAACGCCAUCUACUGUCCUCCCAAGCUCCAGGCCGCCCUGGACAUGCAGUCAGGGAUCAUCCACGCAGCAGAGGAGAAGGACUGGAAGACGGCCUACUCCUACUUCUUUGAGGCCUUUGAGGGCUACGACUCCAUCGACCACCCCAGAGCCAUCACAUCGCUCAAAUACAUGCUGCUGUGCAAGAUCGUCCUCAACCUACCAGAGGAAGUUCAAUACCUGAUCAGUGGGAAACUGGGUCUGCGACAUGCCGGCCGACAGACAGAUGCGCUGAAAAGUGUCGCCCAGGCCUGCAAGAACAGAUCAUUAGCGGACUUUGAAAACGCCCUAACAGAGUACAAAGCAGAGCUGAGGGACGACCCCAUCAUCAGCACUCACUUGGCCAAGCUGUACGACAACCUUCUGGAACAGAACCUCAUCCGAGUCAUCGAACCCUUUUCCAGAGUACAGAUGGAACACAUAUCAGGUCUAAUCAAACUGUCAAAGGCGGAUGUUGAGAGGAAAUUAUCACAGAUGAUUCUGGAUGAAAAGUUUCACGGAAUCCUCGACCAGGGCGAAGGUGUCUUGAUCAUAUUCGAGGAGCCACCGGUGGACAAAACGUACGGAGCAGCCUUGGAAACAAUUCAGAACAUGAGCAAAGUCGUGGACUCACUUUACAACAAAGCCAAGAAGCUCACAUAGAGCAGAUUGCCACGGCAGUGCGAUGGAGGAUCUGUGUGUGUUUGACCAGCGUGCGUAACAUUUUUAAGACGUGGGGACAACGGAGAGCAGCGGAAGAGUCCCACAAACUGCAACAAACAGGAUUCCCCAUCGAACUCCCCCCUCCUUCCUCCCUCCUCCCACCCCUCCUCUCCCUCCAUGGACAAUUUCAUCACUUCUCUUGUAUUUUAUUUCUUUUUUUCUCCCUCCUUUUUAAUUUUGAUAUCUCUUCAGGAUUCUGUAUAACACUCAGCGGCCAAAUCAGGCCAUCAGGGAAUAUUGUACAACACACAAUAAAAAAAACAAACAGAUUCAAAGGUUUAAGAAUACAUAUAUGUUUAUAUCUGCUAUAAGGCCGGGGCUAUCCGAGCUUUAGCUGACUUCACUGCAACCUCAACGGUGCAACUUUGACCUCUGCGGCCUCGGACUCUGCUGCCGAGGCUUUUACUCCUCCUUCUCUUUGUCCACAUCUUUCAGAAGCACACUGUUCAGUUUUUGGAAGAUUUAGGAUACUCCUUGGGAUACUGAAUUUUGGUCGAAGAGCACCCCCCCCACCCCCACCCUUAACUCUUAUUUCUUUUUUUCCUCACCAUAUCAAUGCCAACAGUUAAGUCCCCACUGUAUUUCAGAUAUGUAUUAAACUCACUUCAUUUGUUUUUUUUGGUUUUGUGUUUUGUUUAAAAAAAAAAAAACAAGAGAGAGAAUCAGAUGGUUGCCACAUGUCUGCCCGCCCUGGUUAUCUAAGAUUAAAAAAUAAAUAAAAUACAGACAGGAUGCCAUUUCACCACUUGUGCCACUUUUUGGGCGCUUUCUGUUUGCCUCAGUGUUUUGGGUGCAGUAUGAAAAAACAGGAGGGCAGAGGUGGAGAUGUAAUUCAUCGUCCUCUGAGCAUCUGUGCGUUACCGCUGACUGAGCGAUUCUCCAUUGUUAGUUCCUAACUAGUGCGGUAUGCUAGUAACCAAACAAUUUGUAUGGUUUUGAUUUGGUUUUGAUUUUUUUUUUCUCCUUUUUGUUUUACUCUUAUAAAAGACAUUUUCAAAAUAAAUAUUUUGUAUUUUAA